AACCUCCCCCAAAACUGAACAAAAAUCAGAUUUCCCAAUCUCUGCCCUGCUCCUGAAUUCACUGUGAACACUACAGGGUCCUGCUUUACUUCUUUCUUGUAUACUAGAAAUAAUGGGCACAAUCUUCUUCACCAGGUGUUGGUUUCCGUUGAGAGAUUACAAGUCUCCUCAGAUUCUACAUUCUGAACAGAUUUUUCGGCUUCUCCACACAGGUGUUCAGUCUUCUCCAGGGAAGAAGAUUUCAAGUCCAAAAGCUACUGGAGAUUCGAAAGGCAAUUGCUUUGUUGAUGAAGAUACAGACGAACUGUCUUCAUUUUUCACUAGACGAUCAGCUAUGGUUUCUGGUGUUUCUUUGGUUUCUGCUGCAGUUUUGAGUUUUCCUGGAGAUGGGUUAGGUGUAGUGAAACAAGGCCUUCUAGCAGGGAGGAUCCCUGGUUUAUCUGAACCAGAUGAUAAAGGUUGGAGGACAUACCGCAGACCAGAUGAGAAGUCUGGAGGGCAUGGUGUUGGAUGGAGUCCAAUUAUCCCAUACACAUUUUCAGUUCCUCAAGAUUGGGAAGAGGUUCCAGUUUCAAUAGCAGAUCUUGGUGGGACAGAAAUUGAUUUGAGAUUUGGAAGCUCCAAGGAAGGGCGUUUGUUUGUCAUCGUUGCUCCUGUUCUCAGAUUCGCGGACGAUCUUGGUGGAGAUGCAACAAUUGAAAAAAUUGGACCACCCGAUAAAGUGAUAAAUGCAUUUGGACCAGAAGUGAUCGGGGAGAAUGUGGAGGGGAAGGUUUUAAACAUGGGAGUAGAACAACACUCUGGGAGGACAUACUACCAAUACGAGUUGGAGCCACCGCACGCUCUGAUCACCGCUACUGCAGCUGGCAAUCGGCUCUACCUGUUCAAUGUAACUGCAAGUGGUCUUCAAUGGAAGAGGCAUUAUCAGGACUUGAAACGGAUUGCGGACUCCUUUCGUGUCGUCUAACACUGCAUAAUUAGACAUUGGACAAUUCCUUUGAAUUGAGAAAGCAUAAACAUACUAGUUUUUUGAACGGUGAAAAAUAGGAAUCAGUGUAUGUAUAGCAAGAAUGCAAGAUUGAUUUCAAUUGCAGAAGAAUACCUUUCUGAUAUUGUAUCCGGAUCAGCCUUUUCAGGAAAAGCUCUCUACAGAGGAAGCAUUUUAUACCCCAUGGAAUAGUUUCAGAACUACAUAUAAAACAGCAAUUAUAGCC